AAAGUUUAGCUUUCUGAAAAUAAAUCACUCUACGUGAAAAUGAAGCCUUGAUUCUGUUGUGUUCUGUUGGUCUGGUUGAGAAAGGAGGACCAUGUCCGCUGUGGGAUCCGGUGGAGGACCUCUACAACGGCCCUACACACUAGGUAGCUUCCAGAAGAAACUUCAGGACUUCCAAGUACUAAUUAAAAGCCUUACGCUACAAGAUGUGGAGGCAACCCCCGAAGAAAGAAGACAGCUGAUAACAGAAAAUCUGCGAUAUGACCAGUUCUGUGAAUCCAUCAGAUCUCUCUUUGGAAAUGACAUAAAGAAUCAGGACUUGAAAGCAUUAUACAGGAAGAUAUCUACCAACCCAGAUGCCAAGGUGGACUGGAGUGAGUUGUUUGGAUACUUUCAAUCUGAGAACGAGGAACAAGAGACACCUAUAGGAGAGGAUGCCAACAUAUUCACCGUCUCUAAGAAACGGAGGGUCGGGGAAGCUGCAGGAGACAGAAAGCGACGUGACACCAUACAGUGUGUGAAGUACAUUCAGUCUUUGGACUGCUAUCUGGCUGCCUCUCAGAAAGGAGCAGUGUCCCUGUGGAAUAUGAAGCUGAGAUUGCAGGCCUGUGCUGAUAUUGAUGAGUCAGCCUGGAUCACUGGCUGUGACUAUCUACCUGGGUUACGCCGCGUGGUGGCAACUACAGAGAGAAGUAUUGCCAUCUGGGACAACAGAGCCAAGGGGAAGACACAGAUAAUCUAUGUGAUCAAACCCCUGGAGGAUUCCCCCCAGUGUAUGACCUACGUUCCCUUCACCAGCGUGUCUCAUGAAGAAAUGGUGCUGUUUGGGGAUGACCAGGGGUACAUGAACGCCCUGACACUGUCCUCCCAGGAUCUUCAGCUCAAGAACUCCAAUAAUAAGGGUGGUGGGGGAGAAAAGAAGGCUGGAUCUCAAAACAUGGUUUUGGAUCCCAAGAAAUUGAUCAAUCCUAUUCGCCGCAGACGUCUUCAUGACGAUUGGGUGGUCAAGGUGAAAUAUUUCCCAGAGUUGCGUUGUUUUGGCUCCUGUUCUCCGAGCAGUAUAUCAUCCUUUGUCCUGGAGGAGGUGGAGAGGAUAUUUGAUAAUCUUCCACUGCGAGGAGUUUCUAUUCCCAAAGGUGUCAAUGCGUUUGAUUACUGUGCCAGAGCUAACAUCAUUGCCACAGGGGGAGUGGAUAAGAUUAUCAGGGUCUGGCACCCCCAUAUCUUCUCUAGACCCACAGGCAAGCUGAUAGGGCACCUGUUCACCAUAGUAGAUAUAGUAUGUAAUGAGAAGGACCAGCAUAUCAUCAGUCUGUCCACAGCUAGGGUCAUCCGUGUCUGGGACAUCCACACCCUGACCAGUCUCCAAGUGUUCACAGAUAACGAGGAGAGGCCGGGAGAGAAGAGGAUCUACAGCAUGCUGUUUGAUAAUAAAUUUGAUAGACUAGUCACAGGUUCCAGUGUGCUAGACGCUUGGCCCCUGACGAGAGCAGUACAGGAUACCAUGCAGGUGCCACACACACAUGACAGACCCAUCAGCCAGAUCUUAUACAACAGAGAACUGAACCAGAUGAUAACUGUGUGCACGGAAUCUAUCAUCAAGGUAUGGGAGAUGGAGACAGGUAAACAGGUGUACCAGAUUGCUGAUGCCCAUGGUUCUAACAUGGAGGUGACAGCCAUAGCCCUGGACAAGUCUGGCUACAGGCUGGCCACAGGGGCACUAGACGGCUCAGUGAAGGUGUGGGACUUUGGUUCAGGCCAGGAGAUCAAGACCCGUCCUGGUCAUGGCACUGAUGAGGACUUCAGUAUCACUGGCUUGCUGUAUUGGAGUACCAAAGAGGACAGACAUAUCAUUGCCACUGGCUGGAACAACAAGAUACUCAUCCUACAGGAUGGAAAUGAAGGCUCUGUGAAGGUGUGGGACUUUGGUUCAGGCCAGGAGAUUAAGACCCGUCCUGGUCAUGGCACUGAUGAGGACUUCAGUAUCACUGGUCUGCUGUACUGGAGUACCAAAGAGGACAGACAUAUCAUUGCCACUGGCUGGAAUAACAAGAUACUCGUCCUACAGGAUGGAAAUGAAGGUCAUGAUCUCCCAGUUCUCCACGAGUUCUCAGACCACUUUAUUUGGCCAGAAGAUCUGGAAGAGGACCCUUUCUCCAAAACCAAACCUUUGCCAAGUAUUGGAAAUGAAGAAAGUGGAGAAACAGAACAUGUGCCCAAAAAGGAGCACAUUCUGAAGAGCCAUGAUGUGACGUGUCUGUCAGGUCUGGAGGGGGCGGGGCUGUUCACUGGCUGUGUCAAUGGCAAUGUGGUACUGUGGAAUGUGAACAGUUGUACUGUGGACUGUGUUUUUCAGCUGCCAGAAAUCCUUCCCACCAGUGCAGACCCCAAUAAACACAGAGUAAAGCAACCCACGGAACACAGGAUACAUGCAAUAAAGAUACUAAUCCACCGAGUCAGAAAAUUAGACCCAGCUUAUAUUAAGUCUAAGUUAUCCCACCAUGAUGAUGAUAAAACAACAGAAGAUGAAGAGAGUAAGGAAGAUGGAGAGGGAAAUGACGAAGAAGGAGAGAAAAGUGAAACACAUGAUGAAAAAGAUGAAAAGAAAGAAGAGCUUCCUGACAAGCCUGAGGAAGGUCCUACAGAUGAAGACCCCACCGACACACAUGAGCAAAAUGAACAGAAUGAUGAAGAAACUGACAAAGAACAUCAUGUCCAUAUUGAAGGAGAAGAGUCUGAAGAUCAGAAAGAUGAUCCUGAAAAACACAUGAUAGUUGAAACUUUUGACCCCAUUUUAGUCACUUGCCAUCACGAUGCCUUUAUUAGGUUUUGGACAAUGGAGGGAGAUGUAUUGCGUGAGAUCACAGCCAUGACCAGACGUCAGGGUUCCCCAGUGACAGCCCUAUGUCAUGACCAGGACUGUAAUUUCCUCAUUACUGGAGACAACAAGGGUUAUCUUACCAUGUGGGAUAUUGCCAAAUUUCUUGAGGCUCCCGUCUCUGAAGAUGCAGACACAGUCAAGCAGAUCUUGUGUUGGCGUGCCCACACCACAAAGAUAGUGAGCCUGGAGUAUGUGGACUCCUUGAAGGCAAUCAUCUCUGGCUCCACUGACGGCUCUGUCAGGGUCUGGUGGGGAUUUAGAGGAAGAUUUGUGGGCUUCUUCAGUCAACAUAGGCCAUUUAAUUUCCCCACUUCAGAGGAGAUGGCAGGCACUCUGGUCCUGCCUUAUGAUAUCACUGAGAGACCCAUGGCCCCCAAUAAAAACAAAAGUGCCAAGCAGAAGAUCCGACAAGUGCAGAAGUUUGAAUAUCCACUGGUUUUUGAUAACAUGAGAUGGAAGCCCUUCAGUAGAUCUGCCUUUGUGUCUAAGAAGUCAAAGAGACAGGAACCAGAAGACAAGAAAUUCUUUGAUGCACUAAUUAAACCAAAAGCCUACAAUGAUCAUUUGACCACUGUGGACACUGGACAUAAAGAGGUGGAGGGAGCAGUAUACAGCACACUGCCUGUGUAUUUUGUGGGCAAGGUAGAUGUGAAGGUGAAGAGUCCAGAUCUUAGCUUUCCCAAAGGUCAAAAAGAAGAGGAGAUGCCAUCAUACCUGUAUGCAGGACCAAGUACAUCACAGCAGCCUGCCCCACAGACACACAAGACCAAGAAGAAAUCUAAGGGAGACUCUGGGCAGCCAGGCACACAGUCACCAACAAGACGCCGCUGAGGACCAAGAAACAUGGACCAGUCUUCAGGCCUUUACUGUCCUGUUAUCAUGUCCUGAUAACAGUCCCUGUUAUCAUGCUGACAAGAUAGGGUGGUAAUAUCAGUAGUGUUACCAAUACCAGUUAUCCUAUAUAAAGAGUAGAUUAUUUAGCCACUUGCCAGAUCUGAACUUGACAACCGGAUAUUUUAAGAGAUUAGGUUUACCUGUCUAUUUUCUCAACAAAUGAUAUGCCAAACAACUCUAAAACUGUUGAGUCUGAUUAUAAGUCUGUUCUUUAUAUAGCAUUUGGAAUUGACACGGUUUAUACAAUACAGACAAUGCCCAAUGAAAUUAGAAACCCUCUGACCCUUCAUUCUGUAACAUAUGCCAAAAUAUAUUGUUUUUUCUUCUUUUGCCUUAAGACAAAAGUAUUAUGAUAAAGAAACGAUUGAGACAGUAUGAAAAAAUGAUUGGGUUGCUCAAUAAAUCUUUUAAUGUGAUUUUACAUGUAUUUAAUUGACACAGCUUAUCACAGUUCAAGUGCAGUUAAGCUUAAAUUUUGCUGUCCACCUGUUAAUGAAUUCACAUACUUUUUUGUAUAAAUAUUAUUUGAAGUAUAUACAUUGUAUAUUUUAAAUAAUAUAUUAAAGAUAUGAUGAAGUGAUUAUUUUAAAUUUGUGACUGUGUAAAAUUAAUGGAAAUGUGUGUACUAUGUACGUAGUAUUGGAUUUUAUGAGGCUAUAUGUAACAACCUCUGAUCAUCAGUAAAAUUGUUUGUGUAAAUUAUAUGUAACUUAAUAUUUUCAAGUUACUUUGCAUAAAUGUCAUCAGCAUUCCUUUGUUGUGAAAAUUUCCGUCCAAUCCCACCGCCAUCACAUGUCAUCAUUUGUCUGAAA